CUCGUUUCGUGAUUAGAUACCUACCUAAGGUCAUAUUAGUUUUUGAUCGUUGACAGAAACAGUUUUCUUCUGCUCUAUGUAACCUACAUAAUCGACCACCUGAUUCGCAAUUACGUGUAUAAUAAUUUCAAACAAUAUUUUGUUAUAAUAUUGUUCAUAAAUUUUCGUGUCUACUUAUCAUGUCAACAAUGAGAAGCCAGUAUGACAAGUUGUCGUGGAAAGAAGUACGAGAGUUGUUUAGAAUAUGGAGAGAGGACAGUGAACGCAGAAGUAAAGAUGUAGUAAUUUUGUGGAAAAAUAUAUUGGCACCAAAAAUCGAUCAACUUGGAAAUGAAAAGUAUCUGAUCUUGGAACAAGUUUGUCUAGCAGCAUUGGAUUGUUAUGACCUUUCGUUAGCAGAAUAUUGCAUUAAAAUAUUAACAACAGAAUUUCGUAGAAGUCUAAGAGUUCAUAAAUAUCAUGCCAUGCAAAUGGAAGCUAUGAAAUUAUAUGAUGAAGCUCUAGAAGUAUUGGAGUUUAUUAUAAAAAGAGAUGAAACUAAUGCAGCACCAAGGAAGCGACGAAUAGCUAUAUUAAAAGCAAAAGGUCGAACAUCAGAAGCUAUUAAAGAGCUUACAGAAUAUUUGAAGAAAUUUAUGAGUGAUCAAGAAGCAUGGCACGAGUUGUGCGAUUUGUAUUUGCAAGAACAAGAAUACUCUAAAGCAGCAUUUUGUAUGGAAGAACUUAUAUUGCAUAAUCCACACAGUCACUUAAUUUAUCAAAGAUAUGCAGAAAUAAAAUAUUCCCAAGGUGGAUUCGACAAUAUGGAAUUAGCCAAAGCAUACUUUUGUCAGGCUGCAAAGUUAAAUCCAAAUAAUAUCAGAGCUCUCUAUGGUCUCUUAUUGGCAUCAAACAAUAUUGCUACAUCGCCUAAAUGCCCUUCAUCUAAAAAGAAAGACGCAAUAAAAUUAAGUGAAUGGGCAGCUAAUCAAAUAGAAAAGCAGUAUCAAUCAAAAGUUUCAGACGAAAAUGUUAAAACAGUAGAAGGAUUACUAGGACAAUUGCAACUUGACGUUUAGAUAUGCAAAUUUAUAUGUAUGUAUGUGUUUAAAUAUUGUAACAUAUGUAAAUGUACUAUUCAUUCCUAACGAUUUAUACACAAAUGCAAUCUAUUAUAAUUAAUUCAGAAAUAUUUACACAAUCAUCCUCCACGGAUACAGCGCUUAUACAAAUAUGAUAUUUGCUAUGGAAAAUGCAGCAAAACAUAAUUCAUUAGUUACAUAAUUUAUAAAAUUUAAUUAGAAAACACAAUUCACUAGAAUAAAAAUGUCAGAAUAUAGUAAAUAAAAGUUUCUAACUUUAUAACAGUUAUAAU